AUGACGCUGAGUCUCGAGUCGAAUCCGAGCUACAUCGACUCCAACGCCCGCGCGCGAGAUCAGGACGGUGGAGAAGGAGAUAUCGUGGGCGAGGCAAAGAAUGACUCAGAGAAGGAUACCAUGGAGGAAGUACCUCGAAGUACCGCCGAGGAGACGCACGACGAGCGCCCGACGCAGCCUUCCGCGUCUUUCCAGGCUGGCUUCGGCCUUACUUCGACCCUGGUGUAG